GCCCCGCAGGAGCCCCCCCCCGCCCCGCCCCCCCGGGUAGCUGGGGAGCUGCGCCCAGGCUCGGCGCGGGCGGUCCCGGCGCGGCGGCGGCGUGCGCCCCGGUCGGCGGGCGGCGGUAGCGCCCCUCCAGAGCCCGCUCGCUCCCGCCCGGCUCCCCUAGUCGCUCGGGCUGGGCCUCCCUCCGCGUUCCCCGCGCCCCUCUGAGCGCCCGCCCGCGCCCCGGCUCGACCCUUCAGCGCGGGGACCAUCUCGGCGGUCACCGCGCGGCUCGGCUGCCCCGGGUCCUCUCCACUCGCACCUGGGGCUUUCGUCCCCCCGCCCUGCCCGCACCCCUGCGGGCGGCUCUGGAGCGGGCGGGGCCUCGCUGCAUUCCGCCGCCGCCGCAGCUCUGAGCCCCCAGCCCGCGCUCCGGGGACCGCUGCCCCGCCGACCCCGGCCGCCAGGGGGGGCCGAGGACACACCGCGGGGCCAUGCGGCUGCUGAGCCCCCGCCUGAUGCUGCCGGCCUUCGGGGUGCUCUGGGCCCUAGUCAUGCUGCUCUUCUGGCUCACCAAGAAGAAGUUGGAGGUGCCGGCGGGACCCGGAGCGCAGACCCCCAAGACCCCGGAGGCUGACUGGGAGGACAUGUUGGAUGCGUUUGACGAACGGGCUUACCUGAACGGCAAGAAGUGGCGCGUGGGGGAGGACCCCUACAAGCUGCAUGCUUUCAACCAGCGCGAGAGUGAGCGUGUUGCCAGCAACCGGGCCGUCCCUGACACGCGGCACCCCAGGUGCUCCACCAUGGGCUACUGCAAGGACCUGCCCCCCACAAGCAUCAUCAUCACCUUCCACAACGAGGCCCGCUCCACGCUGCUCAGGACUGUUCGAAGCAUCCUGAACCGCACCCCCAUGCAUCUCAUCCAGGAAAUCCUGCUAGUGGAUGACUUCAGCAGCGACCCGGAGGACUGCCAGCAGCUCAGCAGGCUGCCCAAGGUCAAGUGCUUCCGCAGCCCUGAGCGCCUAGGUCUGGUGCGGUCCCGCAUCCGGGGCGCUGACUUUGCCAAGGGCCCCACUCUGACCUUCCUGGACAGCCACUGUGAGGUGAAUAAGGACUGGCUGCAGCCACUGCUCCACAGGGUCAAGGAGGACUAUAAGCGGGUGGUAUGCCCCGUGAUCGACAUCAUCAACCUGGACAACUUCAACUACAUUGAGACGGCCUCAGAGCUUCGGGGGGGCUUUGACUGGAGCCUCCACUUCCAAUGGGAGCAGCUGUCUCCAGAGCAGAAGGCUAGGCGCCUGGACCCCGUGGAGCCCAUCAGAACCCCUGUCAUAGCUGGAGGGCUUUUCGUGAUGAACAAGAGCUGGUUCCGAUACCUGGGGAAAUACGACGGGGACCUGGAUGUCUGGGGGGGUGAGAACUUCGAGAUCUCCUUUCGUGUGUGGAUGUGUGGGGGCAGCCUGGAGAUCGUCCCCUGCAGCAGAGUGGGCCAUGUCUUCCGCAAGAGGCACCCUGACGCCUUCCCCAAUGGGAACGCCAACACCUACAUCAAGAACACCAAGCGCAUCGCCGAGGUGUGGAUGGACGAGUACAAGCGCUUCUACUAUGCCGCCCGGCCCUUCGCGCUGGACAGACCCUUUGGAGAUAUCCAGGCCAGGCUGGACCUGAAGAACCAUCUGGAAUGCCAGAGCUUCAAGUGGUACCUGGAGAACGUCUACCCAGAGCUCAGAGUCCCUGAGGAUGCCUCCAUCCAGAGGGGCACCAUCCGCCAGAACCAGAAGUGCCUGCAGGCCCAGAGGCAGGGUAGCCCUGAGUUCUAUGGCCUCAGCCUCAGGCCCUGCACCCGGGGCAGCCACGAAGACACCAAGUCCCAAGUGUGGGCCUACACCUAUGCACAGCAGAUCAUCCAGGAGGACCAGUGCCUGUCAGUCGGCACCUUCUUCCCUGGUGCCCCCGUGGUCCUGGAGCUCUGCCGCCUCUCGGACCACAGCCAGCAAUGGAGCAAGAUGGGAUCCCGCAUUGAGCACCUGGCAUCCCACCUCUGCCUGGACACAGACCUGUUUGGGGACAGCUCAGACAGUGGUCGGGGCGUGGUGGUGAACACGUGUGAGUCCUCGCUCAUGAGCCAGCACUGGACCAUGGUGAGCUCCUGACUGUCGGGGCAAGAACUGGAGACUGGGCUUCCAGCAGCACCGUAACAUCUGCUCACCCUUUGUCUGGGAGGCAGCUGACUCAGGGAGAAAGGAGGAGGGGAAUGCCAGGCCCAUGGGGCCACAGGGCCACCCCCCUCCCACACACACAUACACAUGCUCUCCUGCUAUGGGCCAGCCCUGUCCUGGCCAGGCUGCCCCCCCCAAUCCCAGAAUGCCUGAAUGCAGACUCACUGGGAAGUGUUGACUUUGAUAUUUAUUUCUUCUUGGGGGAUUAACCCCCCCCCCCCCAACUGGGCUGAGCUGGAGGUGGGCCAGGGCUCAGCCAAGACUUGAAGGAUGGAGGGAGUUUUCCAAGCAAAUAAAGGCCACCUUGGACACCG